CUCAUCAAUGUGUGAGAAUUCAACGUGUGAUAAAACAAAUGGUGUCUGUGGUACCUGCAUAUCAGGAUAUCAAGAUGAUUAUUGUAACUCAACAUGCGAUGAGCACCAUUACGGACCUGGUUGUAGAAACAAGUGCUCUCCAAACUGCCUGAGUUCUAGAUGUAAUCACACCAGUGGUCAUUGCUUAACGUGUAUCACACAAUAUCGCGGACAAUUUUGUGAAACAGCCAUUGAAGGGGAUACAUCAAACACAACUGGUAUAGCAGUCUCUAUUGCUGUAAUACUGUUUUUAUGUUUGGUAGUUGCCGUCAUAUUACUUUUGUUCAGGCGUCGUUACCGGAAUAGAGGUAAAUCAGCCUAUCAAAGAAAUGGCAGUGAGCGUGACUGUAUUCAUACUGACUAUCCUACACAGUCAAGCCAAGCCAUGCCGAUGAAGCCAGUAGCUGUCAUCAACGCUUACAAUUACGAUAGCGCGGAGAUCGAGAACAAGUUUGUCCAAAUCUCAGAACUAAAGAACUUCCUUCAAACACACAAAAGCGAGUUUUUCAUUAACGAAUUUAAGUCGAUUCCAGCUCCUCAAAAUGUUUCGAUGUCCAUUGGACAGAGCAAUGAACAUAAGAGCAAGAACAGAUACAAGAAUAUAUGCGCAUACGACCAUUCCCGUGUGCAUCUUGAAAUCAAUAUCAACAAUAACGAAAGAGACUACAUUAAUGCUUCCUACAUUGAGGGUUACAACAGUGCAGAGAAAUGUAUCGCAUCGCAAGGUCCAACUGAUGUGAGCAUCAAUGAUUUUAUACGAAUGUUGUGGGAACAAAAAGUUGUUAAAGUUGUCAUGUUGACUGAACUUGUAGAAGAGGGCAAGGUAAAGUGUGUAAGGUACUGGCCAGAAGAAGGUACAACCACAUUUGGUGAUAUCAAAGUUAAGCUGGCAGCUACUCAUGUUUUUGCUGACUACACUAUCAGGAAGUUGGAGCUUAUCAAGAAGAAUCAACCGACCCACCAUUUCACCCAGUUCCACUUCACAUCGUGGCCAGACAAAGGUGUGCCUCUAACACCGUGGGGACUUGUGGACUUUGAACAGAGGGUGGCGUUAGGGAGUACAUCAAGGCCUAUUGUUGUCCACUGCAGCGCUGGUGUAGGACGUACUGGAACCUUCAUCGCUCUACGUAAUGUGAUGAGAGAAGCUGAAGACACGGGGAAGAUAAAUUGUUUUAAAACAGUGGCCAAACUUAGACAAGACAGGGUUCUGAUGGUUCAAACUGCGAAACAAUAUGAAUUCCUCUACAAGGCAGCGCAUGUCGCCAUGGUUUGCUUGGGUACAACAGUGAAGUCCAGUGCCAUCACAAACAGAAUCAGUUUCCUUGGGGAUCAAUCCCGCGAUGGAAUAUCCAACAUGGAAAAGGAAUUUAUGGCAGUCUCAGAGGCGUGCGAUGAUUCAACACAUAAUAAUUACACUGAGAACGACGAUGAUCAAAAAGGUAUUUAUCAAAACACCGUUUCAACUGCGUUGAGGAAGAACAGGUUCUCCUUUAUUCUGCCAAGUAAACAAUAUCGCGCUGUAUUAUCUAUGGAAUCAAACAAUCUUAGUGAUUACAUCAAUGCUGUAUUAGUUUCGAGUUUCACCAAACGCGAGAACCAGAUACUAACCCAACUCCCCAUGCCGAGCACAGUAACAGAUUUCUGGAGAUUGGUGGCACAAUAUAAUGUCUCACUUAUUCUGGCUUUUAACAAGGGAUCAAAUAAAAAUGAUGAGACCCUCCCCCAGUACCUGCCUGCCAACAUGACAACACCUUUAGACUGUGGACCAUAUGAAAUACACACAGGACCUGUCAAGUCUGAGAGUUUAUGGGAGGAGCAACAAAUCACUGUCAAAGUUGUCAAGAAAGCGAUGGUUUUCCUACCUGAGGGAGUGACGGAAGAAACCCACGUGACCCACAUCGCGAGUAAAAGCACAGACCUGAAUCCCAAGAAUCUUCUCAAACUUCUCAAACACACAAGGUCAAACAAUGUACAGGCACAGGGGAGAGUACUCUACAUGUGCAGAAACGGAGCUGACUACAGCGGCCUGGCCUGUGUGUUGAGUCUUCUACUUGACCGAAUGGACCAUGACCAAAGCUUAACAGUUCCACUUGUUGUUGGUGCCAUCAAAUGUAUCAGACCUCAGGUCAUCCCAUCUCUGGAUCAGUACAGGUGUCUGUAUGAAGUUCUACAAAGGUACAUUGAGAUCAGUACACCCCACGGUGAUUAUAAGAGAAUGUCUCUACCAUCACAGCAAAACUCACCAUUGGCCACAUUACCAGAGGAAGAAGAACACAUUUACGUCAAUAGCUAGAUCUCCACACUGUAAAGGAUUCCACCCUUUAAUGGAAUGUAUUGGGAUUUAAUACCUUAAUUUUAUCUGAGCUUUAUCGGUCCAGUUCAGUUAAUUAGGAUGAGAUUUAUAAUCCUAAUGACUACAAUUCUAUGCAAAUAAUCCAUGGUACUAAAUUCCUCAAGAUUACUUAAACAUUCAUGUAUAUGUACUAUAUUCUUAAUUUAUCUUUUGGUUUGUUGAAUAUAUACUCUCUUUUAAUCAGUAAACUAUUUUACUUUUUUUUUAGCAUGCAUGAAAUACGUUUUUUAUUUCUGUAAAUCAAAACAGUAAGAGUAGGAGUUGCGAUAGCUGUUGAUUAUUUUAUAUGUGAGAUAAGCAGCGUAUUAUGAUCUUAAAUCUUAUAUUUUUAUAUAACAUGGAGCACUCUCUACACUCGACACUAAUAUGAGAACCAUACACAUGUAUUUAUAACUCAAAC